AUGCAAUUCCUUUAGGUAUUUUUUUAGUUUUUAAUUUUUUUUUUUAAUUAUAAAAAUAUAUAUACAUAUAUAUAUAUAUAUAUAUAUAUUUAUAUAUAUUUAUAUAAUUUUUUUUUGCUAAUUUAUUAGAUUUUAGAUUUAGAACAUAACCUAUAUAAUUAAGUCAUUUUGCAAAAUUAACUCCUGAAUAAAAACGAUUAAUACUUGAAAGCAAAAAUUAAAAUAAAAUUUCUGUUUUUUAAACUUUAUAAUAAUAAUAUGGGAGUAUACAAAUAUAAUAUAAUAUAAUAUUUAUCUAAAAAGCAAAAAAAUUAUAUAGAAAUUAAUUGUGAUGAUAUGUAUUUUUUAUUUGUUAAAAAACAACAAUAAGUGCAUGAAAAUUUACUUAAAUAUUAUGAAUAUGUUAAGAAAAAAUGCAUAACAGAAAAACAAAAAUAAACAUUUAAAAAAUUUUUAUAACCUCCUUAAAAUUUAAUAAAUGCUGAAUAUAUAAUAAAUGAAACUACAACAAAUAACUAAAACAUUGAUAAACAAAACGAUUUAAACUAUAUACUUCAAAACAGAUACAAAACUACAGACCCCGAAAACAUUACACACGCAAUUUUGAAUGAAUCAAAUUUAAUAGGGAUAUAAAUACUUUAAAUAUGGUACAAAUGUUUAGAUUUGUUUAAAAUAUCGCCCUAAUAUUGUUUAUAUUUCUUCAAUUUAGAAUACUAAAAAGAAGAAAAAGAACGAAAUUAAAUAUACAUAAUAAAGUAAAAUCCAAGCACUAACCAAGUAUCUGAGCAAAACGAGAAAACAGCUUAAAAAACACGACAGAAAAUACAAAACUAUUAAUUUAAAGGAAUCAGAAAAAUCGAAUAAAUCUAACCAUCAAUAAAACCUGAAAAUCACCCAUUAAUUUUCGAAGAAACAAUUAUAAAAAAGGAAGAUAAAAUAAACAAAAAAAACAUAAAAGAAUAAAUUCAUUUAUUUAUUCUCGUACAUGGAUUUCAAGGAAAUUCAUUUGAUAUGAAAGUUUUUAGAAAUUAUCUUACCUAUUUAUAUCCAGAAUCGCUCUUUUUAUCUUCUAAUUGUAAUGAAGAUAGUACAGUUGGAGAUAUUUAAGAAAUGGGAAAAAAUCUUGCUAAUGAGAUUAUUAAUUUUAUAUAAGAAACAUGUUAAGUUGAUAUUUUAAGCAGAAUUUCAUUUAUUGGAUUUAGUUUAGGUGGUAUUAUUAUAAGAGCUGCUUUACCUUAUUUGGAAGAUUAUAGUUAAAAAAUGUAUUCUUUUAUUACUCUCUCAUCUCCUCAUUUAGGAUUUAUGUAUAAUUCAAAUAUUAUUAUAGAAGCAGGACUAUGGUUUUUAAAAAGAUGGAAAAAAAGUGAAUGUUUAUAAUAACUUUCACUUACUGAUCAUAAUGAAAUAGAAGAGUGUUUUUUAUAUAAAUUAUCUUAAUAUAAGGGUAUUGGAUGGUUUAAAAAUAUUUGUUUGGCUUCUAGCUUCUAAGAUAGGUAUGCACCAUUUGAUUCAGCUAGAAUUUAAUUAACUAAAGAAGGAUUAAAUUCUGAAAAAGGAAAAAGAUACACAGAAAUGACUAAAAAUAUUCUAGAUUAAAUUAAUGCAGAUUUCUUUAAUAGAUUAGAUGUACAUUUUGAUAUUUAAGAAAGAAAUUUUGAUACUAUUAUUGGGAGGACAGCUCAUAUAUAAUUUAUUGAAUGCUAAUAUUUAAUUAAAUUAAUUGUUUCUAAUUACGAUAUUUUAUUAAAAUGA